AUGAAUCACCGCCUUGUCGAAAACAAUGGAGCUAGGUCUCGGACCUCACUGCCGUGGGUAGAUCAUGAAAGUGUCAUCCAAACGAACUUAACAAGACAUAAGGAUGCGUUUUUCUUCGUUGAUAGAAAGACUUCCAAUAACGAAGAAACUUUGUCCAACGAAGAAGGUCCUUCCGUUGCGGCCAAGGACGAUAUGCCAACCAAUGAAGAAAGCUCGGAUGACAAUACACAAUGUCAGGAAUGCCAUUGGAAUAUUUAUAAAGCUCCAAAAUUUAUCGUAUUGCACCCAUGCAAUUGCAUUUUUCACUUUGAUUGCAUAAAAGAUAAAUUUUAUGAAGAUCCAAAGUGCCCUAAAUGCAAUACAGACACUAUGAAGCUUCGUCGCAUGACUAUCCUUGAGGGUCGUUUUGUCGACAAGCCACUCGAGCUUGAAUACGUCAGAAAAUGUAUCGAGAAUCGGAGAACAGAUCACCAGAUGUAUCUAUCUUCAGCCCCAGAAAGUCAGUCUGAGAACGUUCCUUACUCUCGUGGGGAUCUUAUCGCCCUUCGGCGAUUGGUCUACGAAAAGACGUUGUACUGUCAUUCUGCUCGCUCAGGGCAAGCCCUUGACUCCAUCGAAAUCUGCAAGCAGAUUUUUAGACACGAUCCUGAUGCGAAGGGUCUCAUGCGUGCUUGGAUAAAACUCGAGAUUCAAGCAUUGAAGCAGAUUACAAUAGUACCCGAUCACGGGGAUUCAUUUGAAUAUGUUGUAAUGGCUACUCUUCAGAUGGAGAAUACCACCGAGGAACAGAAGAAGAAGAAGGAUUAUGCGGUAUACAUAGUGAGAAAGACUUUGGACGAUUAUACCGAUUUGUUCUUGCAUUCGGCCCAUGCGUUCCUGACAAGCUUCUGUCAGACGCUGGAAGAAUGGAAUCGCGCUGCGACCUAUCCUCAAAAGGAGCCAUGCAAUUCCAAUACGGUAACAUCUCCACCUGCGAGGCCCUCUAGACCUGGUUUCAACCGAUCAUCAGGACCGAGUUUCGCUUACAUGAGAUGGAGUCCUGAAUACAUUGGGAGCUUCAAUACUACACAGAUUAUUAGUACUGCAUCUCCCACAACCGCAGCACAGCCUGUUGCGCAUUCAGUUGAUCAGAAUGUGCCACAGGUGACUACUCCUUCUUCCGUUACGCAUUUGGAACAUAUAUCCAGAUCGGUCACGCUAUCUUCUGCUCCUGUCUCUGUGAAGUCUUACCCGGUCCUCGGUGAUAACAACACAAGAUGCACCGUCACGGAAUGUGUAGAGAGCCUCGAUUAUUCUCCAAACAAAAGAGAUCGCGGUAUUUUCUCUCGGUUAAGAUCCUGGAAAGCACGAGCCAAAUUCUCUCGUUCCCAGUUCCAUUCUGUUCGACUUGAUGAAGCCAACCUCCAAUAUAUGUUGGCAGAUUUAGAGCAGUCGACCGCUAACUUGGCGAUAGCUGGCAAUGUAAAAGAUGGCCAGAUUCAAGGUAUUGAGAAUGCCUCUCCUGCUGAAGCUGAUCGGCGCGAAAAGUUCUCUAGUAAAUUUACUAAAAUUUCUCGAUUUGUGAGGAAAUCCAUCAAGAAACCUUACAUCAAGAAAUCCUCCAAGGGACUCGAGUGGGAGAAAGAGCAAGAUAUCAGAUGA